AAACAAAGAAAUAAAAUAGCAUAAUAGGUGUAAUGAGAUCCUCAAGAACCAUGGGAAUAGAGAACUGCAUAGUUUAUGUUGUGGUUCUAAGUGCUAUUGCGGCUACGGUGACAUCAUACCCUUACUCAUCUCCUCAAACCCCAAGUUACAAUUCUCCCAGCUAUGAACACAAAGGCCCUAAGUACGCGCCACAUCCAAAACCAUAUGUUAAAAGUUCCCCACCACCACAAUACUACACUCCAUCGCCAAAGGUAAACUACAAAUCUCCACCACCACCAUAUGUAUACAGCUCCCCACCUCCACCGUACUACUCUCCAUCUCCAAAGGUAGACUACAAGUCCCCACCACCACCAUACGUCUACAGCUCCCCACCACCACCGUAUUACUCUCCAUCUCCAAAGGUUGACUACAAGUCUCCACCACCACCAUAUGUAUACAGCUCCCCACCUCCACCGUACUACUCUCCAUCUCCAAAGGUAGACUACAAGUCCCCACCACCACCGUACGUCUACAACUCCCCGCCCCCACCGUACUAUUCUCCAUCUCCAAAGGUAGACUACAAGUCUCCACCACCACCGUACGUCUACAGUUCCCCACCCCCACCGUACUAUUCUCCUUCUCCAAAGGUAUACUACAAGUCUCCACCACCACCAUACGUCUACAGCUCCCCACCACCACCGUACUAUUCUCCUUCUCCAAAGGUAUACUACAAGUCUCCACCACCACCAUACGUCUACAGCUCCCCACCACCACCGUACUAUUCUCCUUCUCCAAAGGUAUACUACAAGUCUCCACCACCACCAUACGUCUACAGCUCCCCACCACCACCAUACUACUCUCCUUCUCCUAAGGUUUACUACAAGUCCCCACCUCCACCGUACGUCUACAGCUCCCCACCACCACCAUACUAUUCUCCUUCUCCUAAGGUUUACUACAAGUCCCCACCUCCACCAUACGUCUACAGCUCUCCACCUCCACCAUACUACUCUCCUUCUCCUAAGGUUUACUACAAGUCCCCACCUCCACCAUACGUCUACAGCUCCCCACCUCCACCAUACUACUCUCCUUCUCCUAAGGUUUACUACAAGUCCCCACCUCCACCAUACGUCUACAGCUCCCCACCUCCACCAUACUACUCUCCUUCUCCUAAGGUUUACUACAAGUCCCCACCUCCACCAUACGUCUACAGCUCCCCACCUCCACCAUACUACUCUCCUUCUCCAAAGGUUUACUACAAGUCUCCACCACCACCAUACGUCUACAACUCUCCACCACCACCAUACUACUCUCCUUCUCCUAAGGUUUACUACAAGUCCCCACCUCCACCAUACGUCUACAGCUCCCCACCUCCACCAUACUACUCUCCUUCUCCUAAGGUUUACUACAAGUCUCCACCUCCACCAUACGUCUACAGCUCCCCACCACCACCGUACUACUCGCCUUCUCCAAAGGUUUACUACAAGUCUCCACCACCAUCAUACGUCUACAGCUCCCCACCACCACCGUACUACUCGCCUUCUCCAAAGGUUUACUACAAGUCUCCACCACCAUCAUACGUCUACAGCUCUCCACCACCACCAUACUACUCUCCUUCUCCUAAGGUUUACUACAAGUCCCCACCUCCACCAUACGUCUACAGCUCCCCACCUCCUCCAUACUACUCUCCUUCUCCUAAAGUCACUUACAAGUCUCCACCACCACCAUAUGUCUACAAGACGCCUUACUAUUGAUUUUGAAUUGUUUCCUUAACAAGAAGCAUGAGUGCUAUAAUUUUAUUUAUGAUUGGUUUUGUUGAUUCUUCUGAUUUUGUUCUUUGUUUAACUAUCUUGUUAUGCUUUUUUUAACUAAUAAAAUUUGGCUAUCUUUUUAAAUGCA